CUGUCAGUUUUCGAACCGGCUCACGAACCGUUGGACCUGCACCACGACCUAGUCCUUGUUCCGGAGACCCUCGGCCAGCGGCAGAACAAGGAACCUAACGGUGUCUGUGGCCCCGACGAGCUCAACCCCCGUAACUGGCCCUGGGCUUCCCGACUGGCGCGCAUGGCAGGGCCAGGAGGCUGGCAGCUGGGUCACGACUACGACAGUCGACUCACAGCAAGCAGCUUGGUGGUGACCUGGAUUCUCUGCCCGUGGACGACAAACCCAGCAGCAACCCCCGGUCUCUCCCUUGACCGUCUUCGCCUUUGCGCCGUCUCCCGUCUCCCGUCUCCCGUGGCCCUUGGCUUCCCGCGGCCUCCUAAAUCCCAGGCCUUCCCUCCCCGUCCAGCAUCCAGCAUCUCUGCCCCUGGCGGUUCCGACCUUGCCCUGGUGCGUGCCGCUGCCCGCAUCCCCCCUCAGGCCCAAGACCCAAGGCCCAACUGGACGGUGCCGUGA